CGUGUGUCGUGUGGCCGCGUCUCUCAGUGCUGUGGAAUAUGGAGCGUUGGACUGGUGUGUGGAGUUUGGGGCUGUUGCUGUUUGGGUGUUUUGGAGGGACGUCAUGUCAGACGACCAACUACACCAGGCCUGAGUUUAACUGUGGGGGUGAUUUGAACGGAGAGUCUGGCUAUGUGGGUAGCGAAGGAUUCCCGUUAUUCUACAAACCCAACAGCAAAUGCACUUGGCACAUCACAGUUCCAGAAGGCAAUGUGGUGAUGCUCUCCUUCAGGAUUUUUGAUCUGGAGGCUGACCCUCUUUGUCGCUAUGACUACGUGGAUGUGUAUAACGGACUCUCUAACAUGGUACAGAAGCUUGGGCGGUUCUGUGGAACAUUCCGGCCUGGGGCUCUCAUCUCCACAUCAAACUCCAUGAUGUUAGAGAUGGUGUCAGAUUCAGGAACAGGAGGCAGAGGGUUCCUGGCCAACUUUAAUGGAGUAAAGCCGCAUGUAGAUGAGCAUCAGUUUUGUGGGGGGAAAAUGACAGAAUCUCAGGGCACAAUCAAAACUCCAAACUGGCCUGAGAAGAAUUAUCCACCAGAAAUCAGCUGCUCCUGGCUUAUCACAGUGGAACCGGAAAUGGUGAUUGAGAUGAAGUUUGAUAAGUUUGAUCUGGAGUCUGACAAUUAUUGCCGCUUCGACUAUGUAGCGUUUUAUAACGGAGGAGAAAAAGACAACUCACGCCGUAUCGGAAAAUACUGUGGAGACUCUGGACCUCAGAACAUUGUAUCCAAUGGUAAUGUGCUCCUGGUCCAGUUUGUGUCUGACCUUAGUGUGACCUCUGAUGGAUUCAUGGCCUCAUACUCCAGUAUGCCACGUGGCCAGCGCACUCCAACUGAAGGAGGCGACAUUGGGUCAGGACCUCCAGUCGCAUCCACACCCACAAGAACCCGUAUUACCCCAGUCAAACCAAUGAAACCUGUAGUCAUGGCCACAGAAGUACCAACUACAACCACUAGUACACCAAAGCCACGGCCCAAACCUGGCCAACCUGUAAGACCGACGAUCCGUGAACCAGAAGCAGAGGAAUCUGAGAAACCCAAACCCGCCUCAGAUGUAAACCUGUGUACAAAGGCAUGUAAAAGAGAUGGAACCAUCAGGACCAGUUUUUGUGCUAGUGAAUUUGUGAUCACUGGUAUGGUGACAGCAAUGAGCCCGGGGCCUAAAGGAAGUCUGCAAGCAACUGUUUCCUUAAUUAAGGCUUAUAAGACCGGCAGACUUACAAUAACCCAAGUUGGAGAGACCAUGUCUGUCAAACUCAUGAUAACAUGCAGGAAAUGUCCAUUGGUGCGCAGAGGUCAAAACUACAUCCUGAUGGGUCUGGUGGAUGAGGAAGGACGUGGCACUCUCGCUCCUGGUAGUUUUACUGCUUUGUACAAAGCUCCCCAUCACAAGUUAUUGACCACCAUCAACAACAAGCCAUGCUGAUUGCAAAAAUCUAAAGAUGGCACUAGAUGAAACUAAUCUUCAUUGACAGCUAAUAGAAUGUGACCAAAGGGUCAAUGCAGUCCUGCAGAUAUGCAGAAAUGUGUUUUUUUUUGGCAUUGUUAAGUAAUGCUCAGGAAGCUACAUUCUUAUGUAUUUCCACAACUAUGGAGCAUUUAAAACUUGUCAGCUCUCGAACAUGAACUUUACAGAAAGUUUCAAGCAACUGUUUAAAUUUACACACACUGAGAUGUCACAAAGUAUAUUUGUAAUUUAUGGUGAUGUCUUCUAAUACAGAUGUACACAUUAUUGCAUUAAACUUUGUGUUGUUUUA